GUAAAACUAGAAUUAAUAUUAUAGACACUACUAAUAUAAGCCAAACGGGAAGUGCUUAAAUUGAUAAAAAAUGUAAUGUUUCUAUAACUGAUCUGUCACUUACACAGACUAAGGCUUGAAGGCCCUGAUUGACCUCGUCGACUGAUUCGAAGGACUAUCGUGCAAAUAAUUUAGGUAUGUCGGUUUGGUCAGCCAGUACUGCUGGAAAUAAUUACCACUCCGCUUUACCAGGUGGUCAAUUCGGUUCCUCUAACAACUGGUGUCCAAAAUUAAGCAAGCAGCAUAAGUGCGUGAUGUCGGGUGAGACUCCCAUCCAGUCGGCGGACGGGCUCCACACGCCAGCAUACUUGUCAUGGAGGAAACUGCAGCUCAGCAGGGCAAAGCUCAAAGCCUCCAGCAAGACAUCAGCUCUACUCUCCGGAUUCGCUAUGGUAGCAAUGGUUGAGGUUCAACUUAAUCCGCCUGACAACACGAAAGUGCCUAACGAAAUGCUAGUAGCCUUCACAGUAUGUACAACACUACUAGUUGCAGUGCACAUGCUGGCUCUCAUGAUAAGCACAUGUAUCCUGCCGAACAUCGAAGCUGUUGGAAACCUCCACAGCAUAUCCCUCGUCCACGAAUCGCCGCACGAACGACUCCACUGGUACAUAGAAAUUGCGUGGGCCUUCUCCACGCUACUCGGGCUUAUACUGUUCCUUAUAGAGAUAGCUAUACUCUGCUGGGUCAAGUUCUACGACCUAAGUCCGACUGCAGCAUGGUCUGCUUGCGUCGUCCUCAUUCCAGUCAUGAUUGUGUUCCUAGCGUUCGCCAUACACUUCUACAUGUCGUUAGCCAGGCACAAAUACGAAGUGACCGCAACAGGAAUCAAAGAACUUGAAUUGCUCAAAGAACAGAUCGAAAUGGGUGACCAUGAUGCUCGUAUGAAUAAUCUGACGUUGCUUGACCAAAGCCGCAUCGUUUGAUUGUCGACGUGAAUGUCCCAUGUCCUAUUUGGAAUGUUAUAUUACCUUUUGUUUGUGAGUGUACACCAUUGAUUAUUAGGUAAGUUAUUAUGUACUUAGGUUGUUAAGAUUGUACUUAUUGAGUGCCAACGUACAGGUUACGCGAUAUUGACAGUAUAUGGGCGCUUUAAUUGCUCAAAUGUUACUACAGGGCUUAUAGGGACUUAGUUAACGUCGCAGGAAAAUUGAAUCAACGAUGAUAACGUCAAGAUUUUUAGUACAAAGUAAUGGCUCGUGUGAUUAAGCCCUGUAGCGUUAUUUUUGAAAAUUGUAUUGCUAUAAGAAUGUGCCUUGUGGGAAAUCUAACGUUCCUAUUGUCUUCCUAAACCAGUUAAUUUUAUAGGAAUGUUAUAAGUAGGCGCCCACAAGUCAUAAACAGCAAUGCAGUUACAUCUCGCGCCCUGAUAUAUGUUUUGUAAACGGCCUUGAAAAGUCGAUGACAUUUCACAUUUUAGCGAAACGUCAUUUUAGGUGCUGGGCUCAACCGCAAACCGCUAUUGCGUCGCAAUAAAAAACAAUGUCAAAAAAUGGUCACACAUGGAUUGAGGCAGCAGAUGAAUAAAUGUAUGAUUUUGAAUUGAAUUAAAAAAAUGUGUGACGGGGUAUUUUUUAUAAAUUAUGUUUUUGUUUUAAAAUCUCAUUUUGUAUACAGGUAAAACAAACAGACAAAGUAAACUAGAUUUAGAUUAAUUGUAACAAUAACGAAUCUCUGUGAAUACACAUGAAUGUGCAUGUAAUGUUUAUAAUAUCAAUGAUACUGGGUCGACGUUAUGUGUAUCGAUUUGAAUGUAAUGAACGCCAAUCGAUUUGAACUCCUAGAAGUAAUUAAUACUGUUCCAAAAGCAUUGAUCAAAUCCAAUCCAUAUAGGUAAUAUGACGUAC